AUGGCGAAGAAACCCAAGUCCCGCAUCAUUAAUGUGCGCCUCCUUUCGAUGGCCAUGACCGGCUACUUCUACAGCUUCACGAGGCCACGCACGGCGAAUCCCAUGAGCAUGCUCAAAUACGACCCGAUCAUACGGAAAAAGGUUUUGUUCCUUGAGCAGAAGCGGAAAGGCAAAUAG